AUGUCUGCACAGACUAUCCCGACCCAAUAUAUCUCUGUAAAAGGCAUCAGAAUUGCCUAUCGCCGCUUCCGGAAACCUUCUGCUAUUCCUCUCUUAUUCCUGACCCACUUCCGCGGAACCAUGGACCUUAUCGAUCCCCUCCUCUUGAACAGCAUCGCAACCUCACGCUCACUGAUUCUCCUGGAUAAUUACGGUAUUGGAAACAGCUCCGGUACCAUCCAGCCCACAAUCCAAAAAGCCGGCUCCACAGUCGUGGAUUUCCUCGACGCAAUCAGCGUACCCAAAGUCGACAUUAUAGGAUUCUCCAUGGGGGGCUUCAUCGCCCAAAGCAUCACCGUAGACUACCCACACGUCAUCAACAAACUAGUGCUUACAGGCACUCAAUCCACAUACACAGAAGGCUUCGUCUCCCCAGACCCAGCCAUCAUGGCAGAAGCCAGCGGAGAAAAUCCAACAGAGGAAGUCAUGAUGAAGCUCUUCUUCCACCCCAGCGACACGAGCAGAGCACUCGGACACGCAUGGUGGCAGCACACCACAGAACGCCACGUCGACGGCGAAGCUCGCACAACAUUCGUCAAUGCAGCUGGAGGCCAGACCCAGAACGCAGCAAUUGGCAAAUUCGUAUCUGGCCCUGGCUUUUUUGCAAAGCUGCAGCAGGUGGAUGUACCGACAUUGAUUACGAAUGGAAAUGCAGAUGUUAUGAUGCCUACGGCUAAUAGCUGGCUUAUGCAGCAGAGGCUCAAGAUUGCGGAGUUGCAUGUUUAUCCUGAUUCGGGUCAUGGGCAUUUGUACCAGGUUCCUGAGGUGUAUGCGAGACAGGUGGAUUUGUUUCUUGAGUAG